UUUUUCUAAACCGGGUUGGUUGGGAAACCCGAGAUUUUUUUUUUUUUCGCAUUCUCCCGUUCUCUUGCUCCCCCCCCCCCCCCCCCCCCCCAAAAGAUCCAAUGCAGUCUGACCCAAGAUGCUUCGUCCAGAAUCGCUACUGACCCUCCUCAUCGUCGCCGUUUGCUUGCUAUGGAGCACCGCCGAAGCUUCCACCGGCGAUCGGCUACCCGAGUUCCGGGAAUGCGUCAAGGUUCGUGUGCAAUACCUACCCUCCUAAAGUGUCUUAUACGUGGGCUACGGCUACGGCUACGGUGUGCCGACUUGGCUGGAGGGCCCGGAUCAUCGGCACCGUCGAUCUAUUUAAGAAAAAAAAAAUUGAAAUUGACUAACACGGACGGUGUCCGUUAAAUAAAUAUAUAGGUCUGCGCCCGUGAGAAUUGCGAUCCGAAUAACAACCCUACCCACAUCCGUAUGUACCUAGCUAUACCUCUCACCGCGAGAAGCUCGAAUCGCGCCUCCAAACCGUCUAAACCGUCUAAGCUAACGUUAGAGCUUCUCCGCCUCUCGCAGCCCUCCACCUUCGCCUUCUCUUCUGGACCUGCCCGCAGGAAUGCGACUACACGUGCCAGCACAUCGUGACGCAGCGUCGCGUGGCCGCGGGCAAGCCCGUAACGCAGUUUCAUGGGAAAUGGCCGUUUGUGCGGUUUCUCGGGAUGCAGGAGCCCUUCUCGGUGCUGUUUAGCUUGGGCAACCUGGUAGCGCACUAUAAUGGGCUGACGAAGAUCCGCGGGUCGAUCCCGGCGGCGUACCCGCUGCGCCGGUAUUACGAGAUGUUCGCGUACUUCGGCAUUGCGACUUGGAUCUUCAGCGCCAUCUUCCACACCCGCGACUUCCGCUUCACCGAGCAGCUCGAUUAUUUCGCUGCUGGCGCUGGCGUCCUCUACGGCAUGUACUACACCCCGAUCCGCGUCUUCCGCCUCGACCGCCCCACGCCCCGCCGCCGCAGCUUUCUCCGGAUUUGGACUGUCACCUGCUGCGCUUUAUAUGCCGCGCACGUCACAUACCUAAAGCUGUGGCGCUGGAACUACACGUAUAAUAUGGCCGCCAACGUAAUUGUGGGCUUGAUACAAAACAGUCUCUGGAGCUACUUCAGUUUGAAGAGGUGGUCCGCGACCCACCGAUCGUGGGCAAUCUGGCCUGGUAUCGCCGUCGCGUGGAUCAUGACGGUUAUGGGCUUGGAGCUGCUGGACUUCCCACCGUUGUGGGGAGCCUUGGACGCGCACAGUCUAUGGCAUCUGGGCACCAUCGGCCCUACCAUACUAUGGUACAAUUUCAUGGUCAAGGAUUCUCAGGAGAACAUCGCAAACGCGGACUGGAUAAAGGACAUCAAGGCCUAACAAACAGCACGCCUUUACUGGUUAAGUUGAUCGAAUGUUUAGAGUCGAUCCUUGUAUAUCCAAGCGUGGUGCGGUCUAUGUAUGGCGUUCAAGAAAUCUCUGGUAAUAGGUCUUAUCAUUUUUCGGCCGGCAAAAAGGGAAUAAUAUCAUAGAAGCAGGGAGUUUGAGGUUCGAAUCCAUGUGAGUAUAGACUAGGUUAAUACCUAUCAUUGACUACCUAAAAUAUCUAUAU